AAAGUUUGUUUGUUCGCGGAAUGCGAUGUGUGAUGAAAACGUGUUACUAACACCGUUCGGCGAUAAUCAAAUGAAUCUGAUUUGGAUAUUCGAUACAUAUCUUGGAGUUCCGAGACACCUACGGUGCCGUUACGCACGAGCCUCUUAUAGUCGAUAAACGUUUUCCUCGCUGCCUUGAGGCACCACCAACCAACGAUUAGGUAUUGGUGUUUCAACAUACAAGAUCUGAAUUACAACGACCUCAAUGCAAAUCUGAAAGGAGGAUAUGCACAGCAACAGCGACCAGAGUUGUGGAAAGUAUUUGUAUGUGAGAUCACGGAGGUUUCACGGUGAGCGUCUCGUCAGUUCAAAUUGACUUAACUCUGCUGGGUUUGAUCGCUGCUUGGUCAAUAGGAAAGAUACGGUUCCGCGCAUGGACUGAAGACUCUGACAUUCCACUAGUAGCCAAAAUAAGCUUUACGUAGCUACCAGCUGGUUGCUUAAGAAGGGUUAAACUGUAUCUAAAGGGAGUUGGAAAACCCAGCCUUUUCUUCCACACGGAUCAACUCAUUGGGUGGGAGCUGAGAGAGAGACAAGAGUCCCCAGCAAAUCAGGACUUAAUUGAUUAAAGAGACUUAAUUUGAAUAGGGGGCUGGCGAGGUGCCAAUCGCCUUUCAAAGAACCCUCUUAUGAUUAAUCGCAAAGCAUUAUUGAUAAUCAUAACAGGACAAAUGCGCUGUGGAUGGACUCGAUUUUUGUAAUUUUCAACAGAUUUUUUAGUAAUUUUUUAUUCUUUCUUGGCUGAUGUGUGAGCCAGCAUGUCGCGGAGGAAACAAGCAAAGCCGCAACAUUUCCAAUCGGACCCUCAUCUGGCCUUAUCCAAGCACAAUGGGGACACAGAAGAGCCCUGCUCGGAGGAAGACCCCCCCUGCAAGGAGUCAGAUGCCCAUGUCUGUAGCAGAUGUUGUGCUGAGUUCUUUGAACUAUCAGAUCUUGAACAACACCAGAAGAAUUGCACUAAGAAUCAAUUAGUUCUGAUAGUGAAUGAGAAUCCUGCCUCUCCUUCCGGAAGCUUCUCGCCUGGCUCCCCUCCACAUAAUCCUGAUGAGCAGAUGAAUGACAUGGUUAAUAACACUGAUCAAGCAGAGUGCAGUGACCUUUUGGAGCAUAACGCUCUUGACAAAGAAGAAUCCAUGGACGUCAACGUUUCCGAAAUCAACGCUCAUCCUGGCCACGACAAUGAUGGAGGCAGCAACCACAUGGAGGGAGGCAGUAACAUCAACAUGAACACGGGCGAGGGAAAUGGCCACAGCUCCAGCAGGAAGAGCUCCGGACCAGCACCGGGCACCUCGUCCGUCUCUGCCCCCCAGCUACCUCCGCUUGGAAACCUGACUGACCUGGGGAGCAUCUCUAUGAUCAACAGCAACGUCAUCAUCGAAAACCUGCAGAGCACCAAAGUGGCUGUGGCCCAGUUCACCCAGGAGACGCAGCGCUCCUCUGGGUCUGGGUCCGGGGGCCCCAGGGUGGCAGUGCCAGCCCUGAUGGAGCAACUCCUGGGCCUGCAGCAGCAACAGAUCCACCAGCUGCAGCUCAUUGAACAGAUCCGUCACCAGAUCCUGCUACUGGCCUCCCAGUCCCCUGAAAUUCAGGUGCCCCCCAGCAUCUCCACACCAGGAGGCUCGUUGGGGCCGUCAGCCAACCCACUGACCACGCUCAGCUCCCAUCUCUCUCAGCAGCUGGCUGCAGCCGCAGGCUUAGCACAGAGCCUGGCCAGCCAGUCUGCCAGCAUCAGCAGCCUGAAGCAGCUGGCUGAAAGGGUGCAGCUACCUCAGAGCAACAACCCCAGCAGCGGUGAAUCAUCUCAGAGCAUCAGCUCACUGGGGUCGUCCACAGUCAACAACUCCCAGUCGUCAUCUGACAAGAGGCCAAUACAUGCGAUCAGCAGCAACCUCCACUCUCAGUUCAGUAACCCAUCACACACUAAGUCAUCCAUGCCAGCCUUUGGGAUAGGUAGCCUGUUGAACCCUGUAACUAAUCCACAUCUACCUCAGCCCCCGUCUGGAAACCACCUAUUUUCCAGCUCCCUGCCCAGUAUUGGCACCACAGUGGAGGACCUCAACUCUCUGGCUGCGCUGGCCCAGAGGAAAGGCAAGCCACCAAACGUAACUUCAUUUGAACCCAAGAGCAGCUCAGAGGAGGCGUUCUUCAAGCAUAAGUGCAGAUUUUGUGCCAAGGUGUUUGGGAGUGACAGUGCCUUGCAGAUCCACCUGCGAUCUCACACAGGUGAGAGGCCGUACAAGUGUAACAUCUGUGGCAAUCGCUUCUCCACCCGCGGUAACUUGAAGGUCCACUUCCAGCGUCAUAAAGAGAAGUAUCCACAUGUUCAGAUGAAUCCAUACCCUGUCCCCGAGCAUUUAGACAAUAUUCCAACGAGCACUGGCAUUCCAUAUGGUAUGUCAAUGCCUCCAGAGAAGCCUGUGACCAGCUGGCUGGACAGCAAACCUGUUCUCUCCACUCUGACCUCGUCAGUGGGCAUGCUGCUCCCACCAACCAUGCCCAGCCUGCCACCAUUCAUUAAAAAAGAAGAUCAUUCGGUAGCCAUAACCAGCCCCUCCUUUUCCACAAAGACUGACUCCGGUUGUGACGCUGCUGAGCCAUCAAUGAAAAGCAACGACGGGUUGUCUGAAGAAGCUGCAGCCCUGCCUAUGUCAAACGGGAAAACUGAAGAGGGCAAUCACUCGUCGAGCUUCAUGCCGAGUGUGAGCUCUGAGUCUGAGCGCAACACAGAAUACACAACCUCCAACAGCCCGCCUAUGAUGACCAACCCUCUCAUGCCCCUCAUGUCUGAGCAUUUCAAGGCUAAGUUCCCGUUCGGGGGCCUCUUGGACCCGCUCCAGGGGUCGGAGACCUCCAAGCUGCAGCAGCUGGUGGAGAACAUCGACAGGAAGUUGACGGACCCCAAUGAGUGUGUCAUCUGUCACCGUGUGCUCAGCUGUCAGAGCGCUCUGAAAAUGCACUACCGUACUCACACUGGAGAGAGGCCCUUCAAGUGUAAAGUGUGUGGCAGAGCCUUCACCACCAAAGGGAAUCUGAAGACCCACUACACCGUCCACCGGGCCAUGCCUCCACUCAGGGUCCAUCACUCCUGCCCCAUCUGCCAGAAGAAGUUCACCAACGCAGUGGUCCUGCAGCAGCACAUCCGAAUGCACAUGGGAGGGCAGAUCCCAAACACCCCACUGCCAGACAGCUACCCUGAGUCCAUGGGCUCCGACACUGGCUCCUUUGAUGAGAGGAACUUCGAUGAGAACUUUGAUGAUCUGGACAACUUUUCUGAUGAUGAUAUGGAGGGGAUGGAGGGAGUGGAAGGGAUGGAAGACGGCCCUGACAGCAGCAUCCCAGACACCCCUAAGUCAGCCGAUGCCUCCCAAGACAGCCUGUGCAAUUCCCCCUCUCACCCCGAGAUGGUCGUCCAGGACGGGCAGGAGAAAAACCAUCAUGCCCAUCACAAUGCCUACCACAAUACCCACCAUGAUAUUGACUAUAGAAUCCACCACAACAACCUCCAUAACAAUCCACAUCACAGCCACCAUGACAACCACCAUAACAAUCAUCUUAACAACCACCAUGACAAUCAGCAUAACAGCCACCAUAACCCCCACCAGAGGCUGGUAGAGGAGCUGCAGGCCAGCAGAAUGAAGGCCAUGGGGAACAGAGGUUCAAUGGAAGGGGACUGCCUCACUAACGACUCCUCAUCCCUGGGUGGGGACAUCGAGAGCCCGAGUGCCGGGAGUCCAGCAGUGUCAGAAUCUACCUCUUCCAUGCAGCCCCCAUCCCCCACCAAUGGGCACCCCCAACAUCAACGUAAAUCCCCCAGCUUGGAGGAAAGACAGGAGAGGCAGGAGAGACAGGAGAGGCACCAGAGGGCUAUGUCCCUGGAUCACAUCAGUGCCAGCCUCAUGCAGCAUCACCCUUCUAGCAUCGGGGCCCUGGACCUGACAUCCUGCAACCCGUCUAAAGACCCACUGGGCAUGCUCUUCCCAUUCCGUGAGCGUGGCACGUUCAAGAACACAGCCUGUGACAUCUGUGGGAAGACGUUUGCAUGUCAGAGUGCCUUGGACAUCCACUACCGAAGCCAUACCAAAGAAAGGCCGUUCAUUUGCACGGCCUGUAACCGGGGCUUCUCGACCAAGGGCAACCUGAAGCAGCACAUGCUCACCCACCAGAUGAGGGACUUGCCCUCGCAGCUCUUCGAACCCUCUAACACCAGCCUCUCCUCCAGUCCGACCCCCUCCCUCCUCUCUGUGAACUCCCUGUCCUCCAUGAUCAAAUCAGAGGUCAACGGCUUCCUCCACGGCCUCCACCACCAUCAGGACCACCACAGGGACCACCACAGGGACCACCAUAUCGACCAUCACAGGGAACACCACAGGGACCACCAGGACCGGGAUCACCAUAAGGACAUGGCAAGUAACAUGCCCCAUGGCCUGGUGACCACCUCGGACUCUACAUCCCCUGUGCUCUCAGCCUCUGCCCCUCUACGCCGGACACCCAAGCAGCACUACUGCAACACUUGUGGGAAGACCUUCUCCUCCUCUAGCGCUCUGCAGAUACACGAGAGGACCCACACUGGGGAGAAGCCCUUCGCCUGUCACAUCUGUGGUCGGGCUUUCACCACCAAAGGAAAUCUCAAGGUUCAUAUGGGGACACACAUGUGGAACAGCGCCCCUGCCAGACGCGGCCGCCGGCUCUCUGUAGACGGCUCCAUGGCCUUCCUGGGCACCAACCCUGUCAAGUUCCCAGAGAUCUUCCAGAAGGACAUGGCAUCUAGGUUGGGCAACGGAGACCCGGCUAGCUUCUGGAACCAGUACGCUGCAGCGUUUUCCAGCGGCUUGGCCAUGAAGACCAAUGAGAUCUCUGUCAUCCAGAACGGAGGCCUGCCAUCUCUGUCGGGGAGCAUGGGGAACGGAGGCAGCUCGCCCGUGGGCGGCCUCACAGGCAACCUGGAGAAGCUGCACAGUACAGAAACCAAUGCCGCUCUGGCUGGCCUGGAGAAAAUGGCCAACGCCGAGAACGGGACCCACUUCCGAUUCACACGUUUCAUGGAGGACAACAAAGAGAUUGCCACAAACUAGAGACUUUUUCCCUCUCAUAUGUACACACACACACACACAGACACACACACAUACACAUACACCCAUACACAUACACACAUACACAUACACACACACAUAGUGAUUGAAAAGAGAAAGAGAACCAGGCAAAGACAAAGAAUGACUUUGCUUUGGCUUGCCUUUGAAACUUUACCAACAUGAGUGUGAAGAGAAGUUGCUUUUUUUGUACAAUGUACAACAUGUUAUAGUUUAAAGGAGCUUAUUUAUUAGUGAUUAUAACCUUGCUCGGAACCAAGUGGAAGCAUUAACAGUUCAUUUGUUUCUGUUCUACAGCCAGAAUGGGUAUGAGCUGAAAGUGAGCUGUUGAAACUUUAGCAUAUCUUUACCUUGGCAUUAAGUUAUUUUGGUCUGUAGUAUAUAGCUUUAACACAACUGUUGAUGUUCAUGUGAUGCAUUAGAUCUGUAAUAAGUGAAACAGAAUGGCUGUAAAUGAUGUACACUGAUCUACUCUAGAUGGUCUAACAGAUGUGUAUUAACGUUCCCCCUUGAAAAAAAUCAUUGAGACUUCAGGCAAGGGACUAUGAUUACACUGUAGUCAUUUCCUUAUCAACCGCUGUUGAUCUUUUAUUUAAGGAAAAAGAAAGCAUUCAAGCAUUUCAAGUGUUUAUUUAGAGUUACAGUAGGCAUUUCAAGUGUUUAUUUAGAGUUACAGUAGGCAUUUCAAGUGUUUAUUUAGAGUUACAGUAGGCCUAACCUGUUUUGUUCGUUAAUGUUAUUCUAUGUAUUGUCCUUUUUUUCUUUCUUCCAUAGUUCCAUUUUUUUUCUUUAUCUUUUUUUGUUUUGUUGCUUUUUGGUGUUAAGUUUAACACAAAACAGUUGUGUUGUUAGAGGAGAUGAUGAAUUCGGAGAGGUCCACUUCCUGGUUUGAAGUGAGAAGAGAGCCAAUCAUGUGGGUGGGAUUCUCCUAUAGGUCAUCUGCUGGAUUUCCACAUUGCUGCUAUGUCCUCAGCAUCCUCAUUGGCAUCAAGUGCAACAUAUGUGUUGACGUCUAUGUAAAUAAUGUGAGACGUGAGAACUAGAAAUUCCAUCACAACAAAAUGUACAUAUAAAGCUCAUAAGACAAAGUCCAUCUUGGCUAGGGGACAAAUGAUAGUGUUUUUAUAAAUAUAAAUAUAUAUUAGGUUUGACAACCUUCGGACUGUUACAUGCACUUUCUUGGAAAGUUGGAAGAUCUUUAUGGGUCCAGUUUCUCUACACUUUAAUACCUACUAACAACUAAGAUACUGUCAUUCUUUACUCUAUUAUUCAAAUACAUCCGUUUUCCAAAAGAAAA